UCUUUCGCUAACAUAGCAUGUUAAAAAGAGUUAGUCGUUAAAAAAAGUGUGUGUAGCGGGUUUAUGUGUGAAGUCCGGCCAUGAUAGACAUGUUUGCUGCAUGUUAAUCUUCUGUCCUGUCGUUGUUUGUGCUCGGUUGAGCGUCGUUUAAACGCUGACGCGAUGCUAAAGGCUCAACGAGGACUGUUAGGUGGCUGUGUUUACAGUUAGCUUUAAGCUCAUGAUGAUGCUCCAGGAUGGGUCCACGCAGCUCCUCUGCCUCACAGCCAGCAGUGGGGUCCCUCUGUUCACGAGAGGAGCCUCCAAACAGCUGCCCUUCUCUGUCAUCGGCUCCCUGAACGGUGUCCACAUGUUCGGGGGUGGUCAGGGAGUAGUGCUGUCCUGCUGUGAGACUGAAGAUGGGGGUAAGGUGGUGUGGAGAGUUUUCCACGACAGCGUGAUGCUCAUCGCCGUGGCUGCAGGUGGACAAGGUGGUGCAGGCAGGAGCAGCAGCAGCAGCAGCAAAGAGGUGGAGGCUCGUUUACAACGCCUCCUGGAGAAUGUGUGGAGCUGCAUGGUGCUGGUGUUGGGGCAGGAUGAGCUGGCCAAUGUCAGGAAUGUUGAGAGGUUGAAGAGGGACUUGAGGUCCUGCUUCGGCCUCAUUGAUCAGCUGUUGGAGGACAGGCAUGAGGGCAUCCUGGGUAACCUGACACACUGCGCUGAUUCCCUGCUGCCCCCUAACCCCGCUCUUCUCCAAGAUGCCGUGCAAGGCUUUGCCCAGGCUGCGGACAGUGAAUUCGGCUGCCUCGUCGUCCACGGGCGGAUAGCUGCAGCAACAGAGAAGUGGUGGCGCCUAGCACCUCAGGAGGUCGUGCUGCUCUCCGCUCUCAUGCGAUUUCUCUCAGCUUCUGGAUCAUCCUCUUGUGAUUACCCAGUUUUCCUUCCUCAUGGCAGCCCCACCGUGGCCCACCGCCUGCUCCGCUUCCACCUGCUACCUGGGGCGGACGUUUGCGUGCUGUGUGGUCCAACCCCUUCACUGCACAGAGCUGAGAGUGGGCUUGUCGUUCGUUUCUGGACGCCUCUGGUGGAGACCCUGAGGGACUGCCUGGCUGUUGGAGAGCGCUGCUUACCGGGAUCUGUAUCCCUGCGCCCCGAUGUGCUGGCACUUCUUCUCAUCAACCGUGAAACCCGUCGAUCAGUCUCCUGUGUGCGGACUUCCACUAAUCAUCCACCUGGUCACCCUCCAUUACCCUCAAAGACUCGCUGUUGGGAGCUACUAAAGCUCUUCUACAUCUUCAGCACAACGCGCUACUUCACCCAGGAGGAGACUUUGUGCGUCUCCCCAGAGGAGAGGGCUCAGAGAGGCAACACUGAAGACUUCGUCCUCGGGUUCUCCCACCAGCCACUACAGUGCUAUCUAGUUUCAGAAGAGUGCAAAAGCUAUGGACUUCAGACACCACAGCACCAGCUCUUCCUGCUCAUCCCACUGUCAGUGCCCACCUUUGCACUGCGUACGGUGGCCACACAGACCCUGUCUGAUAUAGUUACAGCCACUGGGUUUUAAUUGGACAGUUUACUUUGUUACAACAUCUUAAUUUCAGUCAAACCACCAUCCAAUUAUUGAUAUGCUAAUUUACUUAUAAUUUAAAUGUGGUUUUGCUGCUGAUAUUCAUAUUUCUGUUACGUCUUUAUUAAUGACUGCAAUCAUAUAUAAUUUCAUAUUGACAAACAGAUGUAGAGAGCUAAAAAUAAGCUUCUAUCUGUCCAUCUUUUGUGAAGACAAUGAUUAAAGCAACAUUGUGUAGAAGACACAAUGUGUGAAGAUUUAGCAACCCAGUUUCAAGCAGCCAAAGACAUAGCAGCCAGCUAAUGUUACUUACUAGUCGAACAGCAAGAAGCCCCGUGUCUGUCUUUCUGCCUUUUUAUUUCACCAGGAUCUCACCAAAGACUGAAACCAGUUCCAGAUGUUCACUUCUCUGGCUGCUACUUGCUUGCUCUUUUUCCUUUUCUCUUCUUUUUCGCUUCCUCCAUCAAUGUCCUCUUUGGCCUCUUCACCUCUGCCAUUAUGUCCAAAGAGGCUGCUGAGCCCCGUUUACAUUGCCUGCUUUCCCAGCUCUGGUUCUGGCAUGACGCUUUCUCCGCUUCCUUUAAAACCUCCUCUUUCUGGUGCUCCAGCCUGCGGUACAAACACUAACACACCCUCCCAGUGCUCUGCACUCAAAGUCUGUGCAGCCCGGCUAACAAAGUGGGCUAACGGCAGCUAUAGUUUGCAGCACUUUACAUCAGGAAACUACAGAGAGUUGAGGCGGAGCAGCCGGAGGACAUCGAGGAAACCAGAAAACAUCCAGAUCCAGUUUCACCAAGUUCAAUUGUUGGUGGUGUGUGACAUUGGUACUUCCCGCAGAAUAUGAUACCCAGAGUUACAUAGCGUGAUUACAAGUUGGUGUUGCAUCAAAAUGAUUUAAUAUCUGUUAUUUUAUGGUAGAAAUGUUACAAAAUGUUGCUUUAACAGACCACUGGUUAGAGCUGCACAACAGAAAAGGAUAGCACUCUUAUGGUCUCACCAGGUAUUUAUUACUAAACUACUGCUCAACACUUUGACCCUGACGGAAAUAUGAAAACAACUGAUAAUGUCGCACCGCUGUGAACUGCUUUGAGCUCUGUUUAGCAUUAAGAGAUAAGUCACGAAAUGCUUGUUAGACUUACUGAAUAUUAACAUUAUCAUUGGCACUGCGCUGUAUUUGAAAAUGUGUUGGAGAAUCAUGUGAAAAUGUAACACUGGGAUAAAUAAGCGCCUGCUGUUUGUCGCUUUGACACUUUGAAACGUUUGGCUUCAAACAUGAUGAAAGUAUUUAUUUUGAUUUUGACCUAAAUAUAGUUGGUUACUCUGUG